AUGCAGACCGAUCGCUUCGUUGGGCCCGAGAUAGUGCUCCACUUCCUCCGGCCCCAGCUCCGCGGGUUCCCGCCGCGCGUGGCGGGCGCCGUGUUGGAGACCAACCCCUGCGGCGCGGCGCCAUGGGACCUCCUGGAGCGCUACGGCCUGCGCGACCAGGGCCAAUUCUUCGCGAUGCGCGGGCGGAAGAAGCCCUUCGUGGGGCGGUCCGUCGGCGGCGGCGCCUGGAUGCACAGCUCGACCAGGUGCGGCCGGUCCGUCACAGACUUCGGCGUCGUGGUGCGGUGGUGCAGGGUCAAGUUCUGCUUCUACGUGCGCGGGGAGCUCACGCAGCAGCGGAGCACCGGGUGGGUCAUGGAGGAGUACGAGAUCACGGACCCCCGGUGCUACCGCCAGGACGACGAAGGCCAGGAGGACGAGUACUGGGUGCUCUGCCGCGUCAGGAAGAGCAGGAGGACCGCCGUGACGGCUUCCCCGUCCCCAGGGGCCAAAGCUCGGAGGCGCGUGCUCGCCGCAAGCUGCCGAAUAGGCGGUGAUGACGAACUCGGUCCGGAUUCGGGAGUGAAGGCAAAGAGUAAUUCACGGCGGUGAGUUGAUGGCCUUGGAUUCGAUUGCUUCACCUGCGCAUGGUUGAACAAGACAUCUUUUUUACCUUGUUUUUCUCACCCGUCCAUC